AUGGCAGAAAAACGCCGUUUGCAGCAGGAAGUCGAUCGUACUUUGAAGCGCGUGGAGGAGGGUUGCGAUGCUUUUUUUGAGCUCCACGGAAAAUUUCGAGUUCAGCAAAGCCCCAAGAUCGAGGGCGAGCUGAAGCGCGAGAUCAAGAAGCUGCAGCGCUUCAGAGACCUCAUCAAGGCCUGGCAGGCGCAUGCAGACAUCAAGGAGAAAGCGCCUCUCGACGAGGCGAGGAAGCGCAUUGAGCGAGGCAUGGAAGCCUUUAAGCAAUGCGAGCGCGAGAGCAAGAUCAAAGCCUUCAGCAAGGAGGGGCUUGCGGCGAGGCAAAAGAAUCCAGGGCCAGAAGAGAAGCAGCGGGAGGUGUUGGUGGAUGCGUUGCAGCAGUUGCAGCGGGAGAUGGAGGCGCAUGAGAUAGAGCUGGAAGCGCUCAAUCCGCGGAAGGGCAAGCGCGACAGAGAUCGGGAACGUGAAAAGAAGCGGCUUGAGCUACAGAUUGAGCAGCACAAGCACCACAUCGACAAAGUAGAGUUGGUGCUCAGGCUAUGGGAUAAGGAGGAGCUCCAACCGGAGUCUAUAGAAGCCAUCAGCAGCGCUUUGAAGGAAUACCUUCUGAACAGCGCAGAUCCAGACUAUGUCUUUGAUGCAAGUGUGUAUGAAUGCAUCACCAGCGAAGCGCCAGAUACUGAAGCCGAUAUCAAAGACAGCAAUUCCGAUACUGCGCACUCGGUGGAUACCCUUGCGAGUGGCGCUGUGGAGGGGGCCAGUCCUGCAUCCGGAGGGGCACGCAGUAUGAAUGGCAGUAAAGCAACGGCAGCAGAGAGCAGUAGCAGCAGUUGCGGAAGUGCCAGUUGUGACGGCAGCAGCAGUCGGCGGGCAGUGAGUGCCUCUGAGGAGCCUGACAUCGCUUCAAAAAACAACUGCAGCAGGCGGAGCAGCAGUCCAAGCAACGCUGCCAGCAGCACUGCCACGAAGAGCAGGCAGCAGCAGCAGCAGCAGCAGCAGCAGCAGCAGCAGGUGAAGGGGAUGGAAGGAAGCGCAGCAGCCUCCCCUGCAUGUUGGUCGUCAGUUCUGCAGCAACAAAAUCCCACCCUGGGCGCUGCUGCUGCUACUGCUUCUUGGCGCGGCGAGCAAUCGGCCGCAUCUCCUGCAGCAGCAACUCAAAGCAGCGGUAGCAGCAGCAACAGUCGCAGAGCUUCCGAAGUGGGCAACGUAUGGAAGACUGGCAGGCUGCAUGUGACUGCAGAGCAACAGAGAAAUGUAGGGACGCCUCCCGCGGUAGAUCGGCAGCAGCAGCAACAGCAGCAGCAGCAGCAGCGGAGUGGCGGUGGGUUGGCAGCAGCAAGCGUUGCGCCUUGGAAGGCGAAGGCAGCGUCAGCAGCUGCUGUUACUGCCUCGCCGGCUACGGCAGUUGAUGCAGGGGGAGGGGGUAUUGCAAAGGCUCAAGGCAAGCAACAACAACAACAACAGCAACAGCAACAGGAACUAGAGCAACGGCCGCUUGCUGAAAGCACGAGCAGCGGCAGCAGCCAAGCAAGCAACACAGCAGCAGCACUUGAAGGAGCAGGCGGCUCUCCCUCAACCUACGGAUUUCCAGGAUCUUACCAGCUUCCUACGGAGGCCGCAACUGAAGACCUCUCUCUCGUGGCUUCACUCGUCGCUGCUUCAUGCAGUGACCGUCCGCUGCCAUGCGAUGCCGACUUUUCUUCAUCUGCCUCCCCCUCGUCGCCGUUCUUCUGGCCACCGUGGGUUCCCAGGGGAGAUACGCUCCCGCCUUGCCUCCACCUAAGGGCCCCCUGGGGGCCCUCUGGGGGCCCCCAGGGGGCCCCCUCCACGGGUUCUGGAGGGGGAAGCCUCCAAGGAGCGAGCGGCUCUGGUGCGCCGCUUGGCCCUCCGGACUGCUUCCCGAAGGGUCGCUUUGCUGCCGCAGACAGUCGAGACUUUUUCAAGCGCCUGCAGACAGAUGCUCUUUUCUUUGCUUUCUACUUCCAGAGGGGGACAGUGCAGCAGCUGCACGCGGCUCAGGAACUGAAGGCGCAGUCCUGGCGCUUUCACAAGAAGUUUCUCACGUGGUUUCAGAGGCUUGAGGAACCCCGUGUCUCUACAGACAAAUACGAGCAGGGCACCUACAUUUACUUCGACUACGACAACGGCUGGUGUUCGCGGGUGAAGCACGAUUUUACCUUUGAGUACAUCUACCUAGAAGACGAGCUGCAGGAGUGA